AUGGAUGACGGCCAGGAAGCAAACGGCCUACACCAGGAAACUUGGAACGCUGCCAUCCAGAUUGCCACACUCACCAGAAUUAUCACUCUCAGGGCAACAAGUAACCCACAGGAUGAAGAAGCGCAACGACGCGCUUGUCUCGCCUUGGGGGUUUAUAAUAAGGUCGCGGCAUUCCUGCAGGUUGAUGAGAUCCCAGUGGAAGAAGGCCCGCACAUUGGGUAUUUAACAACAAAUAAUGGUGACUUGGUUCGCAGGUAUCUGCCAACUGAGAUUUACGAAGCCGUCAUUGCUCACGUUCUCGAGUUUGAGUACUCAGCGCGGCAGAGAACCCUGAUUUCUCUUUCAGCAUCCUCAAAACGGCUUCGUCACCUCGCAGAGCCACAUCUAUACAAACAGCCCCGGGGCGCUCACUCAAUCGAGCGGCAAUGGAGAUUCAUGUUCAGUCUGGUUCUUGAGCCCCAGAGAGGACAUCUUGUGCAGUCGCUCGAGUUCCAAUGGUAUCCUCGGCCUGACAACACCAAUCUCAUCAUUGAUAUACUUCACGCCUGUCCAAACGUGCGGGACUUGCAAAUCCAACGAGGCUCCUCCAUGUCCGACGUCGGGCUAAUUACGGGCGAGGACGUCACCCAUUUGGCCAGUAUCUUUGCCGCAAGUCCCAGGGUUACUCAAUUUUGGUAUGCAACAUUUACUGAGUGGCUACCUGAGUCUGAUCGUUACGGGGAUGAGCAGGAGGAAAUCCAUCAUUUAUGUGAUGUGGACCGCCGCUUUACAAGGUUCAGUGCCCAGUUACAAGAACUGGCAGUCCAUGGUCAAGCGAACUGGGUCAUACGGGCGCUGUUACUAAAACCGGCUCCCAGACUCAAGUCUUUGACUCUCGGUCAGGACACACAUUAUGAUUAUUUCCCAUCACUUCUCCCGGGUUUAACACUCUGCACUCGUCGCCUUGAAAAUCUUGAGAUGCGCUGUGCAAUUGCCAAUGGUCGUGAUCUCAUCAUUGCAUGCAAAGUAUGGUCAACCAGUCUGCGCGUUUUGCGUGUCGACAAAAUAGAGAGGUUUUCUCAUGGCUGCCUUGGGGACGCUGUCGAGGCCCUGGAGGUUCUAGAGAAUCUACAUCUGGGAUAUGGAUGUGUCCUGACCCAAGGAGAUCUUGAGGCGAUUGCUCGGUCGCGCCCUCAGCAGCGAUUCAAGUCAAUUUCUAUAACCGACGUUGACACAACGGAAUCAUCACUUCCUACGUGGAUGCAUCGGACCGAACGAAUCAUCGAAAGCCUAAUGCUCUCGCAUUCAUCAACGCUGACAACCGUUCAUCUCGAUCCCCACACGAUCCAGCUGGGGAAGCGUAUGAUACUCAGUUGCAAGCAGAUGCCCAACCUCGAGGACCUUAUUGUGACCUUCUCAAGCGACGUCACCGGGGCAGACGUGGAUUCUCUGCUGGAAUCUUGCCCGAAACUGCGUUCCGUCCCCCAAAAGUUCCAAGAGCUAUCAUCGCAACCGGGGAAGUGGGAAGAGAGAUAUGCCGCAAGAAAUCGCGAACUCGACGCAGAGUUUGAAAGGCUCCCACCGUCAUUAGGCUAA